AGGAGUUGAAUCGAAAACUAGGAGAGGCAAAAUCAAAAUCCAAGCUUUCUAGGGUUUUACAGAUCUGCGAUUACCAUUGUUCCAGUUUUGUUGAAAUGUCGAGAAGAAAAUCCACCGUCGUGUUGCCCCAACCCAUACGUCGAUCAGCAAGGCUUCUCUCUAUGCAGAAUCGAGAUAGUCAAGUGAAACCCAGGAAAGAUCUGGUCUCUUUCUCGGAGCCGUCGAAGAAAACUCGCCGGGAAGUCCUACGAGGACUAUCUAAGAGAUUAGUAUACUUAGUGGAUAGUCCAAUCGAAGAUUCGAAUUCGAAAAUAUCUCCGAGAUUGAACAUUUCGAUUGAUGGGUUUCCGUCACUGAGGCGGUCUCUUAGGCUUUCAAGUAGGGAAUGUUCCGGGGUCUUAAAAGAGAAGCCUUUUACGAAGCCUGCAUUGACCUCAUCGGCGACAAUCACUGUUUCGUCUUCUGGUGCUCUGAGACGGUCUCCUAGGUUUUCGAGUGGAGGAGGAGGAUCUGUGGAUCAAUCGUCUUCUUCCAUUGGAAGAAAGUCUGGCGGUAGUGUUUUGAGUAGAUGCAGUACCAAAUCAAUUUCAUCUGAGAAAGGUAAAGGUGGAGAUGGUGUCAAAUCUAAGGAUAGAAGUAGAAGUGGUCUUCGUCCAAAGACUAAGCAGUUGUUUGAAGGUUGUGCUGAUAAUGAAGAAGAAGAGGAAGAAGUUAGUCUUUGUCUUAGUGAGAGGAAAAGGACGAGAAUUGCAAAGCCCAGUGAGGAAGUAAAUGCUGUGCCUGAAGCUGAUGAAGGGAAGAGAAUAUGGAAGGAGGAAGAAGAAGAAGAUGAAGAUGAAGGAUUGAAGACAAAGAAGAAGCUAGAGAAAGGAGGAUGGACAGAGGAGUUGGAGUUAGCUUUACAGGGAGCUUAUUUGACAGUGAAGCCAAGUCCUAAUUUCUGGAAAAAGGUUGCUAAGAUGGUGCCUGGAAAAUCCGCGCAGGAAUGUUUUGAUAAAGUGAACUCAGCCUUGAUCACUCCUCGUCAACAUCAGCCUCGAAGAGUCAGAAAAACAAACUUAUCGACCAUUCCGCAGUUUUCACUCUCUGCAAGCAAACUACUGAAACCCAAUUCACCGAAGACUAAGAUACGACAGCGCAGAAACAACCUCUCAAAGAAAACGGUCAGGCAUCUACUGGAGAAGCAAAAUCAUAUGGAUCAAGGUAGUGGAUUUGAUCUCUUCUCAGUUCUUGAGCCUAGCAUCUCAAGUAAUUUUCUCUCAACUCCAAUAGAGAAAGGGCCAAGUCUUCCGAAAAUCCUUGAAAGUCCAGUGCCUUGUUCAAGUAAAGAUCAAACAACUCUCGUUAGUCCUCCAGUACUGAAACAGGUAAAAAACAAGGCAUUGCAUGAGAGGUACAUUGAUCAUCUGCAUAUUAGGGAUGCUAAAAGAAAAGCAGAGUCUACUCGAUUUGCUGGGAAAGAGAACAUAAGACCUAUUGAAAUUCAGAAGAAGGAUUCGGUUAGGGCAGCCAAAGAUGCCCUUUUCUUUGAUGUUCAAGAAGCAAUCCAGAAGCUUAAGGGUCUGGAAGCUGAUAACUCAUCUAGUUCUUCAGAGUUUUGCUAUGACCAUGGUGAUACUGACGAAGAAGAUGAAUCAAUCUAGUUUCUAACUUGAUAUGUUUGAUUGUACUAGGGCACAGAGCGUAGAGAUUAGAGCAAGGCAUUACUGUGAAUCUUUGUUUGUAACCAUGAGCGUGAAACUACUUGUAUGAGUUUAGUUUAGUCAGAUGUUGUAUAAACGAUAAAAUCAAUUAUCUUUUCAAUAUGAAGUUCAAAUUUUGGUUCCUC